AUGGAAGACCUUAAGAAAUAAUACAGCAAAAUAAAUAAUGAGUUAAGAGAACAGAUCAUUCACUAGAUCUUGAAUGAAAAGAAAUCAAUAGCAGAUGUAAUUAACCUCAUUAAUCAUAGGUUUCCUAAGAACAUAAUAUAUUAUAAUCUACUUGUAAAUCAAUUAUCAACACUUAUAUGAAAGAGGGAAGAGUUGGAAAAAAAGAGAGUCGAGUUAGGAAACUUAAGAAAAUAAUUCGAGUAUAUGAUAUUGUAUUAAAUCCUAUCCAACCACAAAUGUCAACCUAUCUCUAUUCUUAAAAGACAGAGAGCUGCAUAGAAAAAUCUAUUAAAAGUUAGAAGGAAGAAAAUGAAUAAAAAGAAAUUUAGGAAAAUCAAAAUAAUAAUAAUUUUAUGAUGCUUUCUUUAUGGUGUGAAUAAAUCAAGAAUUAACUCACAUCUUUUGGGCCAUCCAAUUAUGUUUUUCAACCGUUCAUUUAACCUUAUUAGAAAUGA